AUGUCGCAGAAUAUGGAGUCGACACAAACACCACCCCGGCUCCUGUUCAGAAAGAACGGGCGGCCGCAGGCGUGUGAGCCGUGCCGGAAGCGCAAGGUCGCCUGCGACCAUGCUCAACCAAUCUGCAACAGAUGUAGGAAGUCGAAGCGUCCCGGUGAGGUGUGCGAGUACAUUCUCGGCGACAGUCCCGCACCAAAAGAAACCCCGAGACAGACUCGGCCGAGGGAAAGCCGCCGCGGACCGAGGGCUCCUACUCUACCACUUACGGCGCCGACGUUUCCACCUCCCGUGACAGUAGCAAAGUUCGUGCCGAGGCCAGCGGAGGUCUCGCAGACAGAGUCGACGGCGGAAACAUCGCCCGUGACAACUGUUGCAAGCCGUUCCCGCACUUCUGUCCCCGCCAGCCUCCCCACCAGUCCGGAGUCGAUCGGUACGGGUGCCACCCCGACUGUCCUCGGCAUCGGCUACCUUGGCUUCACUUCCUUCUGCGGCAUAUACGAAGAAACACGGUCCAGUCUUAACCGGCUCCAGCCCUCCGGUGUAACUCCCAUCGGGGAAAUUGGCGCAACGGCAUACUGUGGGCUCGAAUGCUCUCCGCCCCUGACGAACCAGGCCCUGCAGACGUGCCUGACCAUCCUCCGCUACGUCCCGGACCGGGAGACGGGAUUGAAACUCUUUGACUGCAUCGUCAACCCGAGCGACGGCUGGAUCCGCCUAGCCGCGAAACGCAUGGUCACGUCGCUGUACGAGACGUUCCCGCAGUACUUUUGCGCUUCCGAAAAACCGGAUGAUGCGCAGCUGACCGUACUCGCCCGGGCUAUAUGCAGUAACACUGCAAAGUGCGUCUCCGACGAGGAGACUGACCCCGAGAAGUGGGUCGCGCAGUUCACCGGCACGAACUUGCGAUGGGAGUCGUUGGGCGUGAUGUUUGCGUACUGGGAGUUGGCGGCUAGGUGUCUCGGUCCUUACCGACCCGACCUCGGCUCAAAGUUCCAAGGCGCAGACGAGGGGACCAAGGCCGGGGCGCAGUACCGAUAUUGUGUCUGCGGGACCAUAGAGCUGACGAAGGCUGCCGGCAGUGGAGGCAACAGUAUGCUGCUCUUUAUGUCUGCGAAGCGAGCCGUUACCGAGUCCAUCUUCUCGGGCGAUGCGAGUUUCGCCUCCUGGCAACUACACGCCGAAACGAUGGCCAUGACAACGUUCCUCGGCAUCCAUGACGAGGUCACCACGGAGCCGUAUAAGCCGAAUAUCUGCUCCGAGAUCAAGCGCAAGCUCUUCUCCUAUGUCUUCUACAUGGACAAGGUGUUGGCCUCGUUCACCGGCAGGCCGCCCCUCAUUAGCCGUCGGUACGCGCGCACGCCGCCGCCUCUGGACCUCAAGGACGAGUAUCUCCUUGCGGACGAGGCUACAUUGGCCCGGCAUGUAGCCGCUCUCGAUGAGAACGGAUGGAACACCGAGGGCGGCUUGUACUCUGCCACAUUCGUGCGGGCUCGUGUCAUGUUGGCGCAUAUUCGGGAUGAACUGUUCGAGAUUGCUCUCGGCCACGGGCCGGCGACGCCGGUUGAAACACUUCUAGAGAUCAAGGAAAGACAGCUCAAGACAGUCGCCGGCUUCCCACCGAUCCUCGCCUUUAGAGAAGAGGACAUGCAGGACAGGAAGAUUGACGUCUCGACACUCUACGUCCAGCUCAUCGUCCACCUCGAACACCUCCAAAACAUGUUCUUCAUCGAACGCAUGCUUGCCAAGAGGGGCCACGAUGACGGCGCGUUGCUCUCCGUCAGCUUUGAGAUGGUGUCGAAAACGGUCAUGUUCUGGACGAACAUGGACCGCCUAGCCUGUAUGAACGGCUAUUUUGAAUGGCUCGUGAUGGCCUACGCCGCCCCCGGCGGCGGGAUACUCUGCCUCGAGCUCCUCAAGCCCACGCUCCACGGCGGCAACCACCCGCAGAACCCAAAAGUGACGCGCUCCAGCAUCAUCCAGAAGCUGAGCCUGCUCGUGGGCUUCCUCGACUGGGUCGGCCCCACGGCGCCCAACGGCGACCUCUGCGCCGACUGCAAGUGCAUCAUCCAGCACGUGCUCGAUCAGGCCCUCAACAGCUCCGCGGCAUCGGCCUCGUCUGCUAUUGACGGCGGCUUCCCUGCGGCGCUGGACGCCAUGGACUGGGAUUUCUCCACGCAGCUCGACUUUAAUUUCGAUCUACUCGAUACGUUUGACUGGCUGCGUCCCGAAGUUCCCUCCAGUCAACAGUCAUGA